UUCCGUCUACUGACACUGCCACUGAACGACUGAACUAAACUGUCACUCGUCAGUGUCCACCCACACGAGAGCGGAGGACGUGACACCUGUCAAUCCUCUAACGUCGCAAUGAUAUCGAUUAAAUGAGCCUUUUCAAGCUCAUGUGACACGUUUUAUGUGAAAUAAAUCCUCGUGACCUUCUUAUCAGUGAAAAAUCAUCUCAACCGAUAUCUUUUAUAAUUAAAAAAACACUUUCGACACGAAACCGCGCCGGUACGUUCUACGUAAAUACAUACAUGCAGAGUGGACAUGAUCCUCCGUCGCAAGUCCUCACACAGUCAUAACUGUAACUGCCCCUGUCAUCAUCACUGCUCAACUGGAUGUGCAGUUAUAUCAGCAAUAUCGUGGGUAAAACAGGAAACUGUUUCAUAUGGAUGGAAUCAGCAAGGUCACCUGAGUGCAACCUCAGAUCAAGCAGUUGCAGUCUACUACGAGAGUUCAAACUAUCUCCGUAUAUAGUCGACGUUGCAUACAUAACUGUGAAGUGAAAAGCGCUCAAAUCAAACAUAUAAUUUAAAACUGUACACUAUUAUUUUCCAUGAGUUCCCCGUUCAUGUUAACACGAAGAUGUUGAGAGUAUGACCGGUGAGAUAGAAAAUGGGGAUCUAGCUGUUAGAGACGUUGCAGACCUCCUCCAACCACAAUAUGCUAUCAUUACAGGUGGUAAAUCGAGAGAGGGGUGUCCAAUAGUCACGUUUCCUGAUCAUGGCAAUUUUCACAAUCUUCCAGACUUAGAUUACCAGCGUCUCAUGCUUUACCUCACUUCUGUACCAACUUUGCAAGAAGCAGACUUGGGAUUCCAUUUGAUAAUCGAUCGCAGGAACGACAAAUGGAAUUCCGUUAAAACAGUCCUCUUAAAAAUUUCAGCUUUCUUUCCGGGAUUGGUGCAUGUAGCUUACGUUUUACGUCCAGCUGGUUUUUUGCAGAAGGCCAUUUCAGAAGUCUCGAAUAAGUUAUUCCGAGAGGAUUUUAAAUUUAGGGUAAUAGUCCUAGCCAAUAUCAUUGAACUUUACGACUUUGUGGAUAAAGAUCAGCUGACGGAAGAACUCGGAGGUGAUUUACCUUAUUGCCAUCAUACUUGGAUUCAAAAUCGAAUUAAUCUGGAGAAAUUCUCGUCAAUGACACAAGACGUGUCACUAGCUCUCGAUUCUUUCACUCGACGUUUGGCAGAAGUCGAAUUUCCCAAUAACACUAUUGCAACAACUACUUUAUUAAAUCAACAACAGAUUGAAUAUAGCGAAUUGAAAGAAGAAAUUUUAGCAGCUGCUCGUCAUGGAGAGGCAUUGCUCGAUAGUAUUCGUCAGCUGACUGGAAAAGGAACUGCUGAUCGUUUAGGAAAUGUGGCAGCGAUUGAAAGAUUGCUCGUACAAUUAGAAGAAACAGAAAGAACUUUCGACUUAUUUUGGUCUCAUCACAGUUCUCGUUUGAGGCAUUGUCUUGCUCUUCGACAAUUCGAGCAAGACUUUAGAGAAUUACAGGCGAAUUUAGAUCAACAUUUAAAAACGAUUGAAGAAAUGACUGAGGUUGGAGAAACGCAAUCCAGGGUUGAUCAACUCCUGCGGGAUACUUCUACCUUCCAAAGAAUAUGCAGGGGAGACAUAGAUCGAGCAGAGGAGGUCAUUACUGCAGGCCAGCAGUUACUUUCUGGGAGACAUCAAUGUCCAGCGGAAGUAGUUGAACCAAAAUGUGCAGAAUUACAGAGGGUGUGUACGAUUUUGAGCCAAAGACUCGAAAGGCGACUUCUUACAUUGACGAAAUGUCGCGAACUUAUGGAAAGGAUCGACAAGGCGAAUACGUGGUGUACAAGAGGAAUAGAAAUACUAGCAGCACAAACUAGUACAACACCAGCAGACCAGGCUCUUCAAGAACUUCAGCAACUGAUAGAAACAGCUGAAGAAUUUCAUCAUCCACGAUGUAUUUUUCAAGAUUCUAUUAUGCCAGAGACCAAAGCUCUUGUCACUCAGGUUUUGCAGAGGAUAGAAGACGUUUCAAUGAUGUGUGAUAAGAGGAUAGUGGCAUUAAAACAGCAGCUGAUUAAACCAGCAAGACCAAUUCAAACUGUAACCCCAGAACCUGCAAAACCACUUCAGCCAGCACCACAAAUCAUCAAACCUGGCAGAAUUCUCAGAAAAGCUAAUACGAUGCCAAAGAUGGAAAUGUGUCCAAUCGAGGGAGAAACUUCGUCACCAGAAAGUGAACCUAGAGAUGUGGAAGCUCUAAAGUUGAAACGAGGACACGUUCUUGCAGAGCUUUUUGAAACUGAGCGUAUUUAUGUGGCAGAACUUGGAUCCAUUAUCAAAGGCUACAAAAUGGAAUUGACGAACGAAGCUAUGUCUCAUUUGAUUCCUGCAGCCUUGGUAGGCAAAGCUGAUGUCCUUUUUGGAAAUCUCGAAGACAUUUGUAUCUUCCACGGGGAAACUUUUUUGAGGGAUUUGGAAAACUGUAUUUCGAAUACGGAACUUGUGGCUUUGUGCUUCGUUCAGAGGCGCGAGGUGUUCUUCAGGCUGUAUAGUUACUAUUGCCAAAACAUCCCAAGAUCAGAAGGAUUGCGUGAGCAAAUUCAAAAUGAACCUCAAUUUCUCGUAACUUGCCAGCAAAAGUUGGGACACAAAUUACCUUUGGCAGCCUAUCUUCUUAAACCGGUGCAGCGGAUUACAAAAUACCAACUUUUAUUGAAGGAUCUUUUAAAAUAUAGCGAAGAACAGUCUUGUUGUACAGAAUUACAGGAGGCUUUGGAUUGUAUGCUUAUUGUAUUAAAAUGUGUCAAUGACAGUAUGCAUCAGACGGCCAUCACUGGAUUUGGGGGAGAUUUAGGGGUGCAAGGAGAAUUAUUACUACAGGGUUCAUUUAGCGUUUGGAGUAGUUGUAAAAGAGAACGAUUGCUCAGACUCAAACCAUCCCAGCGACACAUUUUUUUGUACGAGAAGGCUAUCAUAUUUUGCAAACACAGCAAGCCCCAAGCGCAUAACAAGGCGACCUACCAUUUCAAAAGAUAUUUGAAGAUGUCGCAGAUUGGUUUGACUGAAUCAGUAAAAGGGGACACAAGGAGGUUCGAAAUUUGGUUGCAAGGUCGGGCCGAAGUUCAUACAAUUCAAGCAUCAAGUAUUGAUGUUAAACAAGCUUGGGUGCGUCAAAUAAAGGGAGUUUUGAUGUCGCAAUUGGCGGAACUCAAGGGGAAACAGUGCUCGGCCCUUGGAAAAACAAAUCACAAGCCUCUUCGUCAAGCGAUUUCGUGGGAUGCGCAAAGCAGUCUUUCCGGAUCACUACGUACUCUUUCUGUUGAUGGAAGUAGUGUAAUUUCACAUAUUACAGAUGUUUCCCACUCAACAGAAGAAGACAUAGGUUGGAGUUCGGAAAAUACGAUUAGCGAUGAGGAGGAUACGUUCACUGAAAAUCCAGGACCUGCUCCUGGAGGACGAUACGUAGCAUUGGCGGAUUACUGUGCAGUUGGUCAAUCCGAAGUAACGAUGCGUGAAGGUGAUAGCUUGGAAUUAUUGAAAGUCGGAUGCGCGGGUUGGUGGUUCGUUAAAUUAAUCGGAUCCGGAAUCGAGGGUUGGGCGCCCGCUGCGUAUUUAGAGCUGAUCAGCCGGAAGACGUCUCGCAGCUCGCAAUCUGUAAAUAGUCAGGAUCCUAUAUGAAACAGGCGUCUCACACACUAGGUUUAUCUUGGUGUGUUGAAUUGAACCUGAAUAAUGCAAUCAGUGUGAUUGUUUGUUAUAUGAAAUGCAAAUCGCACUAUGCUAUAUUUUAAGCAGUCGAUGAGAGUUUCAGUCGGAAGUAACGCAAUUGAUGAGCAAAAUGAAAAAAAUGAAGAUUUUUUGAAAGAGUCUAGAGAUUUUAAAAAGCUGCAGAGUUUAAGAAGUUUAGAAUUUUUUAUAAGAUGAGAUUUUUAAAACUCUCAUCCAGAAAAGCAUCUAAAGUAUGAAAUGUAAAUGCCAGGAAUUAUAAUAAUCAGGGUACGUUAUCAAUAACAUAUUCUGAAGCAAAGAAAUUAAUCAAAGACCUAACAAUGAAAAGAAAAAACGAUGAUGACUGCCAUAUUGAUGUAUAAGGGAAGUUUGGGCUGGUCGAUUUUUUAGAUAUCUACAAUGGUCAGAAAUCACAUUAGUUUUGAAAGCCCUGCCGAUCUUUAUCGGAUUUUACAGCACUUUUGAGAAAUUUCGUAUCAGAGAUACAAGUAAUAAUAAUAAUAAAAAUAUCUGAUAUUGGAUCAUUCUUGAAAUAUGAAGUUAAUAGUCCCCCAGAUUUGGAAUAUUUGUGCAUAGUUUUUCAAGAAUGAUACAUGGCAUAUAAUGUUUUGCAAAUUGCUAAUUUGCGUUCUAUGUGAAACACCUUACCUGAAUCAUACCAAAUGCUUGGCACUCGUGGUGUAAAUAGUUAAAAAUUACUUUAGACUAAGAAUCGCCCAAUGCUUGGGAAUUAUAUAAUACUGUUAUGGAUUAAACGAGAAACAACAAUUUUGUGAAUACUAUGAACUAAUCGUUAUCGCAACCAGUGCCGGUAUCAUUAGGUCGCCAAGACCAUAAGAUGCUAGAACGUUAAUUCUACGAAAUAUUUCUGAAAAUAAGCAGCUAGUACCAAGAAAUGUGCAAUACCGUAGAGGAUAUUUAAUUCCAUUUUGUACUUGAUCGUAUUUACGUUAGAAGGGUAGAGUCGUGAAAACCCAUCAUUCAUAUUCUAAAGAUUAUUGGUGUAGACGUUAAUUCCUCCUUUUUAUAAUCCAUCGUUUAACUUCCCAUGUGUAUGUCC